AUGGAAAGCAAAGAAACAGGACCGUCCGAUGUGUUUUCAAAAGACGAGAAUGGCAUUCGUAAAUUAGAUUUAGAAUAUGGAGAUUUUCCUGAUGACGGGUAUGAUUAUUCGAAACACUUUGCUGAACGUGGGUGGGGAGUUUUUGUUCAACAAGAUGGUAAAAUUUUACAGCCAGAAAAUCGAGGAGAGGACACUAUUAAUAAAGCAGAAGAUAUUCCAGAUGACAUUGAUCCCGAAAUUUUAGCCAUGUUGAAUGAAGCGGAAGAAGAGGGUUCCGACAAUCAAUUCGACGAAAACUUUUUAGAAAAAAACCUUUCUGAAUUCGUUCAACCCGAAAAGAAAGUUUCUGAAGAAAAAAAAGAAGUUUCACAUAAAGACUUAAGAGAGCUUCGAGCAAUUGACAAAGAAUUUGAGCAAACCCUAAAUGAGUGGGAUGACGAUGGUGAUGAGGAAUAUGAGAAAUUUGAUGAAUCAAAAGUGACAGCAAAGAAUCACAAAGGGAAAUUAGAGUUCGAAGAUGACGAGGAGUUCAGUAACGACUCAGAUGAAAACGCAGAAAACGCCGUUAAGUUUCCGCAUGGGAAUCCCAUUGAUGACAUUGACUUCGAUGAAGAUUAUCUUGAGAUUGACGACAACGACGUGAAGGCAGUUAUUAAAAACUUCGAAAUGACGGAACAAAAGAAAAAUAAGAAAAACAAGAAAUUAGCACCACAACGCCAACAACUCACACGUGAAGAGAAAUUUCAACGGAGUAACGAGAAGGACAUCAUCACACCAGAUGACUUAAUAAUCGACCCAAAAAUCAUUCUACAACAAGCGGAACGAAUGGAAAGAGAAGAAGACAAAACAGAGAAAGUCGUCAUCACAACAGUCAUCACCGAUGAUAUACUCCAACACCACGAAAAAGAAAAAAUCAAAAAAGCAGAAAACAAAAACAAAAAAAUUAACAAACCAAAAAUCAUCAAAACCCCAGUCAAAAAAACAGUCACAAAGAAAAAAACAGCAAAAAAAGAAAUUUGA